AAAGAACAGUACUACUCUGAGCAACACUCUUCCUUGAUUAACAAGGCCUACCAAACCCUCCUGAACCCUUUGAGCCGCGGCCUCUAUCUACUGGAGCUGAAUGGAGUAGAGCCGACGCAGGAGACAGACAGUGAUGCAGACUCAGUGUUUCUCACAGAAAUCAUGGAAAUUAAUGAGAAAUUAGCAGAGCCUAAAAAUGAGGCUAUCCUUGAAGACAUUGAAACUUUAAUUAAAGUUAAACAAGAAGAACUGACCGAAGAGGUGACUGCAGCUUUUGAAAGAGAUGAUCUUCAAGAAGCUAAGAAGCUUCUAGCCAAAAUGAAGUACUUUGCAAACUUAGAGGAUAAACUAAAGAACAAGAAGAUCCCUUCCUGA